GCAUUAGAUGAGUUUGCUACCAAGCUGAUUCAGAAUAACCAUUAUGCCAUGGAUGAUGUGGCUACACGCAGAGAUGCUCUGCUGAGCCGCCGGAAUGCCCUGCAUGAAAGAGCCAUGUACCGCCGAGCUCAGCUGGCAGAUUCUUUCCAUCUGCAGCAGUUUUUCAGAGACUCUGAUGAGCUCAAGAGUUGGGUUAAUGAAAAGAUGAAAACUGCAACUGAUGAGGCAUACAAGGAUCCAUCAAACUUGCAAGGCAAGGUUCAGAAACACCAGGCUUUUGAAGCAGAGCUUUCUGCUAACCAGAGUCGUAUUGAUGGGCUGGAGAAGGCUGGGCAGAAGCUGAUUGAUGUCAAGCACUAUGCAUCUGACGAGGUGGCAGCUCGCAUGAAUGAGGUUAUCAGCUUGUGGAAAAAACUUCUGGAGGCUACUGAGCUCAAAGGUAUCAAGCUGCGUGAAGCCAACCAACAGCAGCAGUUCAACCGCAAUGUGGAGGACAUUGAGCUGUGGCUCUAUGAAGUAGAGGGACAUUUGGCUUCUGAUGACUAUGGAAAAGAUCUCACCAAUGUUCAGAAUCUUCAGAAGAAACAUGCCCUGCUAGAGGCAGAUGUUGCUGCCCAUCAGGACCGCAUCGAUGGCAUCACCAUCCAGGCACGGCAGUUCCAGGAGGCAGGACACUUCGAUGCUGACAACAUCAAGAAGAAACAGGAAGCUCUAGUGGCUCGAUACGAAGCUCUGAAGGAUCCCAUGGUAGCUCGAAAGCAGAAACUUGCAGAUUCUCUUCGCUUGCAGCAGCUUUUCCGUGACAUUGAGGAUGAAGAGACCUGGAUUAGGGAAAAAGAACCUAUUGCAGCUUCGACAAACCGAGGCAAAGACUUGAUUGGUGUUCAGAAUCUGCUGAAGAAACACCAGGCCUUGCAGGCCGAGAUUGCAGGCCAUGAGCCUCGGAUCAAAGCAGUCACACAGAAAGGAAAUGCUAUGGUGGAAGAGGGACAUUUUGCAGCUGAGGAUGUGAAAAUCAAGCUGAAUGAGCUAAACCAGAAGUGGGACUCUCUGAAAGCUAAAGCAUCGCAGCGUCGGCAGGACCUGGAGGAUUCCCUGCAGGCUCAGCAGUACUUUGCUGAUGCUAAUGAGGCUGAAUCCUGGAUGAGGGAAAAGGAGCCCAUUGUAGGCAGUACAGACUAUGGGAAAGAUGAGGACUCUGCUGAGGCUCUGCUGAAGAAACAUGAAGCUUUGAUGUCUGAUCUCUCUGCUUACGGCAGCAGCAUCCAGGCACUGAGGGAACAGGCCCAGUCGUGCAGGCAACAAGUUGCUCCCACAGAUGAUGAAACUGGAAAAGAGCUGGUACUGGCACUCUAUGAUUACCAAGAGAAGAGUCCCAGGGAGGUGACUAUGAAGAAGGGAGAUAUCCUCACCUUACUCAACAGCACCAACAAGGACUGGUGGAAGGUUGAAGUUAAUGACCGUCAGGGAUUUGUACCUGCUGCCUAUGUGAAAAAACUGGAUCCUGCCCAGUCUGCGUCCCGAGAGAACCUGCUGGAGGAGCAGGGGAGCAUCGCGCUGCGGCAGGAGCAGAUUGACAACCAGACUCUCAUAACUAAGGAGGUCGGCAGUGUAUCUCUGCGUAUGAAACAGGUCGAAGAACU